AUGGCGACUGCUGGAAGUCCAAACAACGUUGACAGGCACUUUGAUUUCCUGACUACUCUCCCAGACAUUAUUCUGAGCCAUAUUCUCUAUCUCGUUUUUGACGAUACGAACCAAUGUACUACUAACGCGCUCAUGAUGAACCGGCGUGUUUUUUCAUUGGCAAAACCCAUAUUCUUGUCCACGAUCAUCUUACGCUCGGAGCUAUCAGUCUUACACCUCAUACACCGUUGCAUUUCCCCGAGUCGGACGACUCUUACAGCUGCCGACAGGGAACACGUCAAGUGCAUUGAAGUCAAUUUCUUACCAUCAUCUCAGCAACAGACCCUUGGGGCACCCAGCGUACUCAGUGCUGCCACCCCUUUUCCAAACCUUCACACUCUGAGGUUUCGCUUUGACGUUGGAGUCCCGUUGUUGUCGAGCCUGCCUACUCCAGAACUUCACAAACUUGUUGCAGAUACAGCCGCAUACACUCGCUGGCUAAGGGUGGAUUCGCCAUUAUUCGAUCUCUUAUCGAACCUCAAGCCGCAGCGUUUCGAAUGGAUUCCUGAAGUUUCUUCCGGUCAAUCUAAGUUAGGCUCAUGUGUAGAGGGAGCCGCAGCAUCAGUGGUUCGACCUAUUCGUGUUGUUUGUUUCCAUGGUGCUUUCCGAGCUCUUAUCAAGCGCUGGGACAGUCUUACGCACGUGUAUCUGGAUGGUAUCUACCUGCUUGCUAAACACUACACAUCGACAUUUUACCUUGCUCUCUUCGCAAAGCACAUGCAUAUCAAUGUGGAUUCUUAUAGGGACACCUUGCAUCUAUUUUCUUCAGCUCCUCGCGUGCCUUUGGGAUCUCGCAAAUGCGAGAGUCUGGUGGUCGAGCGUCCUGGAGCGAAAGAAGAUCGAACAUCUAUCUAUAAUGCCAUUCUUAAACAUGGAACCUUACUUUCUUUUCGCGGCUUCUCGUCGGCUCAGUGCGCAUUGUUCAAGUACACAUUUCUUAGCACGGAGGACCAACGAUAUUUUGGGCCAGUACCACCAGAACAAGUUUUCCGAACCGUCGGGGCCGGGGUCCGCAAGCUACCGGAGUUGAACAUUUCUCGGAAAACUCCAACCAUGACAGCUGUCACUCGCCCUUCCGCGACCGUCCCGUCUCAUGACGAAGCUACUACUGGCCCUCCUACAUCCAGGGAUUCGAAACCACGCCCUACGCUCGCUUCUGUCAUAUCGACAACUAACUAUUCCACCUAUAUUAUUGGCUUCAUUGCUAUCCCUAUUGCCAUUUCCUUCACCAUCUUGUAUUUCAUGUCAUUACCCGCUGUCCACUAUUUCCAACGACGUCUCAGUGCUGCCUCUGCCACGACUACCUCUGUGACUACCUCUGCGCCUACGGCACCUCGGGACAAACCUCGGUCUCGCGCAGUAUCGACCCUUAGAUGA